CUCAUUCACAAUAGAAAAUAGUUUUUUCAUAAUGCGUGCUAUAUUAUUGUUGGGCUUGGGGUUGUUGGCUACGGCCUCAGCUUUAGUGGAAGUGAACACUGGUUACCACCAGGAAAUCGGUAUCCCCACUGCUGCGAAAAUCAAGGAAAAUGAAGAAAAACUUUUGGCUGAGAAAGAUGAGAGGAUUGUUGGAGGUGCUAUCGCUCCGGCUAACGCUCACCCAUACUUCGCUGGAUUGUUGAUCAGUUUGGUGGGCCAGUCUGGUAACUCAGUCUGCGGUUCUUCGCUUCUAUCCGCCAACCGUUUGGUGACCGCCGCUCAUUGCUGGACCGAUGGUGUCAACCAAGCGUGGCAGUUCCUCGUCAUCCUGGGCUCCAACCACCUGUACUCUGGUGGUACCCGCAUCGCCACCACCAAUGUCAUCAUGCACCCGCAGUAUGUGCCCUCCACGCUCAACAAUGAUAUUGCCAUGAUCCUGUUGCCGACUAGCGUAUGGUUCACCAGUAACAUUCAGCCAAUCGGCUUGCCUUCUGGUUGGGAUCUGUGGGAUCAGUUCGUUGGAAACUGGGCUGUUGCUGCUGGCUUCGGCAGAACUAGCGACCAGCAAGUCGCCGCGUCUCAGAUCGUAAGCCACGUGAGCUUGCAAGUGAUCAGUGUCUUCCAGUGUCAGCUGUCCUUCGGCAAUGUGUUCGUUCAGCAGAGCACUAUCUGCACGAAUGGUAAUGGCGGUGUUGGCGUUUGCGGCGGAGACUCUGGCGGUCCCCUCACCCUUUACCGCAAUGGUGUUCCCACUUUGAUUGGUGUCAGUUCCUUCGUAGCCAGAGCCGGCUGUCAGCUCGGACAUCCUUCUGCCUUCGCGCGAGUCACCAGCUUCAUCAACUUCAUCCAACAGUACAUGUAAUUCAUACUAGGAGGAUUGCGAUUUAUAUAAAAGAAAAUAUUUUAUCUGCAACUUUACCUACUUUCCAAAAUAAAAUUUUGGUAGGUA